UGUCGAGUGGGCUCAUUAUUUCACACAAGACGUCAAACAGGACGUAUAGCCUUGUCUUUAAAGCGACGAUUAAUUCUCCCGCCAUCAACAUUUCGCAAGUAACUCUGCACACACACAACAAUGAAGAUCGUCUCGUUGUUCCUGUGUAUCUCUCUUGCCAUUGGUGCCAACGCCGACGUCAAAGUCGACGAAUCCAACAGAUAUAUGGACAAAUUACUUCAGCAAACCUUCCCACAAAGAGGCGGAGUUUUAGGCUGGACGCGUCUCAAUGGAUUCUGGAUCAAGGUCGGCAAGAAGUCAAAGGUUAAGAUUGGCAACACAAGCUUUGGCAAACGAGACACUCUUGCCCUGGAUCAACUGCGAGGAACGUCAGCAAAGAGCACCUCGACGUCCAGUGGCCACCUGCCCCACGGGGACCAUUUGACCAAACGAUCUAUCAAAAUUCGGAAAGAGAAGGAGGUGGAAGUGAAUAUGGGCGACGGCACCGUCAGCGGUCUUCACGGACUCCGAAGGCUCGGAGACUGUUCACCGCCCAUGUGGCAACUUGGCACUGUUGUCUUGUCCUGCUACGUGUCUCUGAACGGCGUCACGGCCAACUACAGAGGAAAAAUCGCUCGCCAGAAAAGUACGGGAAUUUUCACCACCGGUUCCCAUCAGGAUGAAAUCACAGCUGACGCUGUUAUGACGAACGCCAAGGCUUUCAUCGAAGUGUCCGGCACACCAGGUGGCCAACCGACUUUGUCCUCCUGGAGUGUGAUGCCUUACGACCUCCAUAUGGGGUACUCCCGUUCCUUGAACGACGUCGACUCUGAUCUGAGAAGCUCCCUUCGAAAGCAAUUGAAAAAACACAUCAAGGAAAAACUUGACAGCUUCCUGUAUGGCCAGCUGAAGAGUGGUCUUGAAACCGCUGUUAAGGUUGAUCCCCUGCCGAUGCCCUGAAGCACACAAGGCCUCAAAAACCAGGAGAAGCGAAUAAAAUAUCUAACAACACAAUGUA